UGGCAUGUCCUCCUACAUUUACGUCUUCUGAAAAAUAUUCAGCCUGCAGCCUGCCUCACUUGGUGCUCCCGGCCCUCCCCUUCCUCUGGCCCAAUCCAAGAGGAAGGUCAGGGGACUUUGGGAAAGGGAAACUCCAAAACUCCGGACUCUGGGAGAAGGGACCAGAAGGACCAAGGUGAAGCCAUGAAGUGCCUGCUGAUCUCCCUGGCCCUAUGGCUGGGCAUGGUGGGCAUACAUGGGACAGAGCUGAAACUCAGCGAGGCACAGCGCAGGGGCCUGCAGGUGGCUCUAGAGGAGUUCCACAAACACCCACCUGUGCAGUGGGCCUUCCAAGAGAUCGGUGUGGACAGCGCUGACGACAUGCCCUUCUCAGCUGGCACCUUUGUGAGGUUGGAAUUUAAGCUCCAGCAGACCAGCUGCCUCAAGAAGGACUGGAAAAAACCCGAGUGCAAGAUAAAACCAAAUGGGAGAAAGCGGAAAUGCCUGGCUUGCAUCAAAUUGGACCCCAAGGGUAAAGUUCUGGGCCGGAUGGUUCACUGCCCAAUACUGAAGCAAGGGCCCCAGGAGGACCCUCAGGAGUCCCAGUGCAAUAAGAUAGCACAGGCUGGCGAGGACUCCCGCAGCUACUUCUUCCCUGGACAGUUCGCCUUCUCCAGGGCCCUGGAACAAAAAUAAGCCCUGGACGGAACACCAUCUUCCUGUACAGCUGUGGCAGUACCCAGUGGAUCCCAAAGAUUUCAUACUCCAUGCUAAUAAAAUUGCUGAGUCUGCUCCAA